UUCCUCUUAGUUUGAUAUAUUCAAUUGACGAUUUAUUUACGCUUUUGUGACGCUAUUCUAUCCUAUUCCUUUGACUCUUUUAUACGAGCUUGUACUGUACUGUACUAUACCCUACCCUACUCCAUACGAUCUAACGGCUUCGUCCACGACCCGUCAAGAUUAACGAACACUACUCCAACCUCUACUACAACUACUACGUCCACCACCAGCAACAACACCGGCAUCUCCAUAUUCACCAACACUUGCAUCCCCAAUCGCCGUCUUCACAGCCCGAGACUCCCCCGAAAUCAUCCACACCGACACCCCCAACUCCCCACACAACACAAACACCAUCCGCGACAGCAACAGCAACACCACCCCCAGCCUACAAUCCUCACCACCUGACUCCAUCUACGUCCAAAACAACCAUGUCCUCCGGAACCGCCCGCAACCUCGGCUCCGGCUUCAGCCCCUCUCCCAAACGAACCCCUCGCAAGCUCAACGUCCCGGAAACCAACCCCCUCAAGGACCCCGAGCCCCCAUCGACCCCGUCCCCGCAGCGCUCCCAGUCCCAGACCGCGUCGCAGCUCGGCCAAGGCGUCGGCGAGCAGGAGCAACGCGAUCUCAGCACCGCGUCGCCCGCCCCUGCCGCCGAGGACACGCAGUCGCAGGCCUCUGGCUCCGUCAGCGGCCUCGGCGGGAAGAUGUCUAGCAUUGCGGGCGGGAUCGCGGGCGGAUUGAAGAGCGCUGUCUCAGGUGUCAGUCGUCUCGGCCAAGGAGGGUCGUCAAGCCAGGUCGGCGAUACGGUCGGCCAGGUCGGGGAGACGGUUGAACAGACGCUGGACCUAUCCGCGCUGAAGGGUCUCGAAGUUGGCCAGGAAGGUGGCAUCGCUGAUUCAGCGGGUAACGUGCUGGGCCGGAUCGUGGAAGGCGAUCCCCAUGACCUCGUUGGGUAUGUGGUAAAUGAGAACGGGGAGAUCCUAGACCAAGAUGGAGAUUUGAUUGGUAGGGCGGAGAUCAUUCCCGAGGCGGCGCAGAAGGUCGCAGGCGCCGUGGAGGAGGCGGUCGCUGUGACGGAGUUGUCGGCGUUGGCGGGCAAAGAGGUGAAUGAUGAGGGGUUGGUGAAGGAUGAUGAUGGCACGGUGAUUGGGAAGGUGGUGGAGGGCGAGGCUCAGGAUCUCGUUGGGUUUACUGCCAAUGAGGAGGGCAAGAUCUUGGACCAGGAUGGUGAUUUGGUGGGCAAGGUUGACGUUGUUGCGAAGCAGACUGCGGAUGAGGUCGCGAGUGUUGCUCAGGAUGCCGGCAGUCUCGCAGAGGGCGCUGCGCCUUCGGAGGGCAAGACUUCUGGUGCGGAGAGUGCUGCUGACUCUGGCACUGCUCGCGCGAAGAGCGGUGUUGAUGAGACCGCUGAGGGUGUCCAGGGCUUGUCUGUUGAUGAGAACAAGUCUAAGGCUGACGAUGCCACGUCCAAGGCUGAUGAUGCGACCUCGAAGGCUGACACCAGCUCCAAGGUCGACGAGACUGGUUCCAAGGCCGAUGAGGCUGGUUCCAAGGUUGAUGAGACCGGCUCUAAGAUCGGCGACACUGGAUCCAAGGCCGACGAAGCCGGAUCCAAGGUUGACGAGACCGGGUCCAAGAUUGACGAAACUGGAUCCAAGAUCGAUGAGACCGGCUCUAAGAUUGGUGACACCGAAUCCAAGGCAGACGAAGCCGGUUCCAAGAUCGAUGAGACAGAAUCCAAGAUCGACGAAACCGGCUCUAAAGCCGACGAAACCACAUCCAAAGCUCCCGACGACGCGACCGACGUAUCAGCCGACUUCCAACCCGCCAAGGAAGAGCAAGAAGCCGAAGAGGGCGAAGAUGGUGAAGCCAAGGAAGGCGAAGGCGAAGGCAAAGAGAAAGAGCCCGAGCUCCCUCCCCUCUCCAUCCUCGAGGGUCUGACGACCAACAAGACCGGCAACAUCAUCAGCCCAUCGACCGGCAAGCCCAUCGGCAAGGUAGUCGAAGGCGAUGUCAAGAAGCUCGCUCGCGGCGGCAACCAGCUGGACGCAAAGGGCCAGUUCUGGGACAACCGCGGCAACGUGAUCGGCAAGGCCGAGACGCUCCCUACGCAGGAAUACGAGGAAGAGGCGAUGUUUGCUGGCCUGGAGGGUCUGCAUGUCGUUGAGGACGGGUUCGUGGAAGACGACAACGGCAAGCGCGUCGGCAAGAUUGUCGAGGGCGACGCGAAAAAGGUCCUCGGUCGCGCUGUCGACCAGGACGGUGAGGUCACUGAUAGCCAUGGCAAUGUGAUUGCGAAGGCCGAGCACUACGAGGAGCCGGAGCCAGAGCCUGAGGCUGAGCCCGAAGUCAUCGAUCUGUCGAGCUUGAACGGCCUCUCGCCCAACAAGCUGGGUCUCGUCAUCGGACCUAAGGGCAUCCCCAUCGGUCGUGUGGUCGAAGGUAACCCCAAGGAGCUCGCUGGCAAGGAAAUCGACGACGGCGUCAUCUACGAUGGCCGCAAGCCCGUCGGUCGUGUCGAGCUCAUCCCCGAGGAGGAGCGCGAGAAGAAGGCCGAAGGACCAUUUGCAGGACUGGAAGGUCUGGUCGUCGAUGACCAGGGUUUCGUGAUCGAUGAGAACGGCAACCAAGUCGGCAAGAUCACCGAAGGCGACAUCAAGCAGCUGCGCGGCCGCUCCGUCGACGAGGACGGCGACGUGAUCGACAAGUUCGGCAGCGUCAAGGGCCACGCCGAGCCCUACUCUCCUCCCGAAGAGGAGCCGCAGCCGGAGGUCGACCUCUCCAUCCUCGAAGGAAAGGUAGUCAACAAAUUCGGCAACAUUGUCGACGGCUCAGGAACGGUCUUCGGCCGUCUCGUCGAAGGAGACAAGCGUCUUGCCGGUCGCAAGGUCGACCGCUACGGCCAGAUCUGGGGCGAUAAUGGCGAAGUGAUCGGUCGUGCCGAGCUAAUCCCCGGAGCUGAAGAGGAGAAACCAGAAGGAUCCUUUUACGGCAUUGAGGGCGCGGUCGUCGGCAAAGACGGCGUCGUGGUCGACGGAUCGGGCCGUAUCAUCGGCCGGGUGAUCGAAGGCGACGCCAAAAAGCUGGAGGGCCGCAAGGUCGACGAAGAUGGCGACAUCCUCGACAAGAACGGUAACAGCCUCGGCCGCGCCGAGCGCUGGGAGCCCGAGGAGAAGAAGCGCACCGUGAACCCGAUGUCCGGCCGUAAGGUGACACGCGAGGGUGAGGUGCGCGAUGCUGACGGCAACCUCAUCGGCAAGCUGACAUCCGGCAACCUCCCCACGCUGGUGGGUAAGGAGAUCGACGACAACGGGUUCGUCGUGGACAAUGAUGGCAACAAGCUGGGCGAAUGUACGCUCAUCGAGAACAUCCCCGAGCCUGAGCCCGAGGAGCCCGAACCCGAACCCGAGCCGGAAGAGCCCGAGCCCACGAAGGAGGAGCUCGAAGCGCAGAAGGAUCGCGAGCUCGCGAAGAAGAUGAGCGCUAUCGUUGGUCAGACGCUCGACCGUGUGCGCCCCAUCUGCAAGAUGAUCCUGGAUUACAUCGACAAGGCGGAACGUACGCCGAAGGAUGAGCUCGAUGAGGAAGAGCUCGUCAAGAACGUGAAGCCCCUAAUCGAGGAGGCAGGCAGCAUCUUGCAGGAGUGCAACGGGGCGAUCCGCGCACUCGACCCGGACGGCCAUAUCGCUGCCACCGCCAAGGCUCGCGCUGCGUCCCAUGAGGCCUCUCCUGAAGAAUAUGCCUUGGCUGAUCAGAUCAAGGAGCUGACCGACACGGUGGUGAGCACGAUCGAAAAGGGCAAGCGUCUUAUCGCGGAUAUGCCUCAUGCCAAGAAGGAGUUGAACCCGCUGUGGGCACUGCUAAGCGAGCCUCUGUUCCAGAUCAUUGCUGCCGUCGGUCUGCUCUUGACCGGUGUCUUGGGUCUGGUUGGUCGCCUCCUGGAAGGUCUGGGUCUGGGUCCCUUGGUUCACGGCUUGCUCGGUGGACUGGGUCUCGAUAAGCUGCUGAGUGGUUUGGGAUUGACCUCUUUGACUGAUGCACUGGGCAUCACCGGUAAGAAGAAGAAAUAAGCGGGUGGAGUUUAAGGAUUGCUCAAAAUGAUGGAGGCUGACGUCUUUUGCGCUCUGAUUUUGAUUCGUUUUAACCGUUGAUAUCCUUUCUUAACUUUUGGCAUCUGCUUAAUAUGCCUAAUUUGUAAUUUAUUAUAGCAAUUUCUCAUUUUACGUGUUUUGCUUAUCUUCGAACAUUCAGACAGUGGAUA